UCGAGCUAGUAUUCAAUUUGUGCGUACUAUGAUUGUCAAACCUGGUUAUCUAUGAUCACAGGACAUCACCGAACAAAUAGUUUCCUUUUCUUGUAUAAAUUUCGCCGUUUGGUUUCAUCUCAAACACAUUAUGAUACGUUAGGAAUUAAAAAAUCCGCCUCGUAUAGUGAGAUUCGUUCAGCUUUUAUCGAACUAUCAAAAAAAUAUCAUCCUGACAAAAAUGACGGUGAUAUUGAGACGUUUAAAAGGAUCAACGAAGCGUACUCUGUUCUCUCUCAAGAGAGAAGUAGACGAAUUUACGAUUCCUCUUUAGCAUCAAGAGCUAAACCAUUAUUUACUAACUCGCCAAAUGAGUAUGAUGUUUCAGAUUGGGAACGUAAUUAUAAUUACCACUUACGUUCUCUGCGUUUUGGGGAAAAUAAACGCCACACUAAAGGGAACCCUAAUAUAUCACGAUCGAUUUUCAUUUCAACCAUACUAUUAGCAGCAUUCAUCUACUUUAUUUCCAUAUAUAAAUUUAUUAAAAAUUGCUUAUAUAUACUGGUGUUGGUAAGUAGAAGAAACUUGGUUUUGCAACUUUAAUAUCUGUACGUGUCUUAGCCACGAUAAUGAGUUACAGCUUUUCAAAGUUCUUAUCAUGUUUAUCUUUUAUGGUUAAGAAAGCAAUACACUUUUUUGUUUAAUAUAGUGAGAACCUCCUCAUUUGAGUAGGAUAUUUGGUUAGUACACAAAGUGGUUGACUAACCCCAUUGUUUCUGUAUGAGUUAGGUUAAAAACUAGUUGUGAGGAGAAAACAUUUAAGUUAAUACACAUCAGCUGUGGCUAUCGACUCACAGUUUCGAUAUUAUUUUAAGUAUUUUUAUUAAAGAAACUAAAAGUACGUAAAUAUAAUCUACCUGUGGACCCCUAUACAAGGUAACUCUCAAGCCUUCAUGUUAGGAAUACGCUAGUCAGGCACUUUAGGAAGUGGAAAUGUAUCCUAUGUCCGUAUAUCUGGGAAUUUGCGGUAAUACAGUUCGUUUUUCUUUUCUGUAGCAUCUGUCGUCGUGAAAUUCAUCACAAUAAAUAAUCACCACUGUCAGAAGAAUAGUCAGUCAACUGUAAUUUCCUUGUGAUUUUCGAAUUUUCGACAGUAAUUUCAUUUCACGAUACAGCCUGUAAACUUUAGAAGUUGUUAUAACUAAUCUGAAUAAUGCUAACUGAACUGUAAAAAAUAUUUGUGAAACUUGAGGUAGUCCCGAACGUUAUUAAGACUCUGGUCGUUAAAUGAUGUAUAUACUGUUUCUUGUCUAUACAAUAUUUGAAUUUUUCUCCAGGAUAAAUUAUAUAUUUUAGUGGUUACCGUCCAACCCAGACGGCGUAAAAUCAG